UUCUCUAUUGGGAGGCAGGGCUUUCCAUUGCAACGUAUGCGCUGUGGAUGUGGUUAGAAUGAAAUGAAAAGUACUCGAGUCAAAGCAGUGGCAACAGUGCACUGCAUAAUCAAAACGCUCAUAAGCCUUUUAAUGCAAUACUAGUGUGUGUGUUUUUUUUUUUUUUUUAGUUGCACAGGCUCGUGUGGCUAGCCAAUAGCAAGACAACAUUAAUUAUAUAGGAAAGGCAACAUAAUACAUUGAUAAAUGCAGUUAGAGGGACAGCAACCUGUAAGAAAGAAUUUCUGAAUCAGGAAUGUUAGUGGUUCUUCAGUAAAAAAAAAAAAAAAAAAAACUGAACUGUGCUUUCUUUCUGGAUAUAAACGCAUGUAUGGAGAUAUGUGUAGUGCGGAUGCAGCUUCUGCCAAACUGCUGACUUUCACCCAACGCAACGAGACAGAAGAAAGAAAAUAAAAACAAUAAUAGGAGAACAAUGAUAGCAGCUCCAGAGAAAUGAGCCAUUGAUGUCAUUUGCUAACUGGAAAUUUACGAGCUCUGCCUCUGAAGAUCUGGGCUGCAGGCGUGGGGAAUUCAGCCGGAAACACUAUGGUUCUGUGGAGCUGCUGAUUUCAAGCGAUGCGGAUGGGGCGAUACAGAGAGCUGGGAGGUUCCGGGUGGAGAAUGGAUCUUCUGAUGAGAACACGGACUACAGGCCUGGUAUCUGGCGCAGGACGGAUGUGCACCUGGAGAAUCCAGAGUACCACACCAGAUGGUAUUUCAAAUACUUCCUAGGAAAAGUGCAUCAAAACUAUGUCGGCACAGAUGCCGAGAAGAAUCCUUUCUACCUGUCCGUUGUCCUCUCCGACCAAAACAACCAGCGGGUGCCACAGUACCGCGCCAUUCUCUGGAGGAAAACGGGAACUCUGAAAAUAUGCCUCCCUUACAGCCCAACAAAAACCCUAUCUGUCAAGUCAAUUUUAAGUGCCAUGAACCUUGACAGGUUUGAACGGGGCCCCAGGGAAAUUCUCAGUCCAGAGAUUCAAAAGGACCUGCUAGUGUUAGAGGAGCAAGAGGGUUCAGUAAACUUCAAGUUUGGAGUUCUUUAUGCCAAAGACGGGCAGCUCACGGAUGAUGAAAUGUUUAGUAACGAAACUGGAAGCGAAAGCUUUGACAAGUUUUUAAACCUACUUGGGGACUCAAUUCCAUUAAGAGGCUGGGCAGGCUACAGGGGAGGACUCGACACCAAAAACGACACUACAGGAAUUAACUCUAUAUAUACAGUAUACCAAGGGCAUGAGCUCAUGUUUCACGUGUCUACCAUGCUGCCAUACUCGAAAGAAAACAAGCAGCAGGUAGAGAGGAAGCGUCACAUUGGAAAUGACAUUGUUACCAUAGUGUUCCAAGAAGGAAACGACACGUCCCCAUCAUUUAAACCAUCCAUGAUCCGAUCCCAUUUCACACAUAUUUUUGCCUUAGUUAGAUAUAACAUUCAGAAUGACAGUUACAGGUUGAAGAUAUUUUCUGAAGAAAGCGUCCCUUUGUUUGGACCUCCUCUCCCCUCCCCACCGGUGUUUACAGAUCAUCAUGAAUUCAGGGACUUUGUUUUAGUAAAAUUAAUUAAUGGUGAGAAGGCGACCCUGGAGACACCCACGUUUGCUCAGAAACGGCAGCGAACCCUAGACAUGCUCAUCCGGUCUCUCUACCAGGAUCUCAUGCCUGACCUACACAAGAACAUGUUAAACAGGAGAUCGUUCAGCGACGUGCUGCCAGAAUCGCCCAAAUCUGCACGGAAGAAAGAAGAGGCUCGCCAGGCUGAGUUUGUCAGAAUAGGACAAGCACUGAAAUUGAAGACCAUUGUUAGAGGUGAUGCUCCCACCAGUUUGGCCACUACAGGCCUGUGCAGAAAAGAGCCAUGGGAAUCCCAGUCUUUCUGCAGUAGCUUUCCUUAUGAGAUAGUCUGCAGCGAUUCUUGGGGCCAGUCCUUACUAAGUGCUACAGAUGCUGGAGUAUUACUGCUAGACGGCCUGGACCCCUCCAUUUUAACAACGGAGGGCCAGGCUCCACCUGUACAAGUAUUUGACAAAACCAUGGCUGUAAAGCAGAUGCACGUUCUUGAAGCUCAGGACCUUUUAAUCACACGGACGGACAAAGGGAAAGACGCCCGUCUCUUUGUCUUCAGACUGAGUGCCAUCAAGAAAGGGUUGGAAGACAAACAGUUAGUGAGAAGCAAGUAUGACAGCAGAGAAAACAAACUUGAAAAAACAAAAGGCUGCCAUUUGUAUUGUAUUAACACACACCACAGCUCCGAGUUGCGGAUCGUAGUGGCCAUUCGGAACAAACUGCUCCUCAUUACCAGGAAACAGAAUCGACCAGACAGCCUAACCAACAUCGCCAUGGUAACGACACCCACAGAGUCACCUGUCGAGGAGUUCCAGUACAUCAGGGAGAUAUGUCUAUGCGAUGCCCCUGUGGUGAUGGCCCUUGUAGAUGGUCCUACAGGAGAGAAUGACAACAACAUCUGCGUGGCCUACCGACAUCAGUUCGACUUGAUAAACGAGAGCACGGGCGAGUCAUACAGGUUGCAUCACGUGGAAGCUAGCAGGGUCAAUUUCGUGGCUGCAAUAGAUGUGUAUGAAGACGGAGAAGCAGGCUUAUUGCUGUGUUAUAACUAUGCCUGUUCCUACAAGAAAGUUUGCCCUUUCAAUGGAGCAACCCCUAUGAUCCAGUCAUCUGCUUCCGAUUUCCACUUCAGCUGGAAUCAAGUUCCUAAUUCCAUCGUGUGUGCUUUCCCUUACAUCCUGGCUUUUACUACGGACUCCAUCGAGAUCCGAUUAGUGGUGAAUGGAAAUCUAGUCCACACCGCUGUAGUGCCUGAACUUCAACUUGUCGCUUCAAGAUCGGAUAUCUACUUCACCUCCUCCGCUGCUGUGAAUUCUGCCUCCAAUAGCAGUUCGAAGGAGCCCAGUUCACACAGCUCUCCACAGACUCCCACAGGCUACGAGAUGCCCACCUUCCCCUCACCUUUAGGAGACGAUUCUAUUAGGAUCCCGUAUGGAACCAAACUUUCCCUGUACAUGUCAAAAGAAGCUGAAGGUGAAACGCAGUCCAAACACAUCUACAAAAUCCCCCUCAGUAACCUGGUGGGCCGGAGCAUCGAGCGGCCCUUGAAAUCCCCGCUGGUUAACAAGGUCAUCGCCACACCCACUUCCAGCGCCGUGGCUUCCACCGUCAUCCCUGUGACACACUCCCUGUCACUGUCCCGCAUGGAGAUCAAGGAGAUAGCCAGCCGAACACGCAAGGAGCUGCUGGGCCUAACUGAUGAACCGAGCAACAAAUCGGAAGCUACGCAAAAACAAAAAAAGCACGCUCGGAAACCGGUGGAGGGGGAAGCGAAGCCGGGAGCUGCGAGGUCACCCAGCAGCGACAGGAUCAUAACCGGGUCUUUCGACACAGACUCCGAUGGACAGUGGCACUACUCCACGAGUUCAGAACCGGACACGGCAGGAAUCCCCGAGGAGAGCCCUACCCUGACCAGCCCCUUCGUGCUGGCCACUUCCUUCGAGGAAGACAUUGUGGACUUGAAGUGAGGACAAUCCAGAGCCCCUUUCUUUUGUACGCCUUCCUUCUCUGAAAAAGAUUCUUCACACACACAAGAUAGGAAUGUCACAAUGUGUUUUACUGGUCGUUAUUAUUUGAUCUGGGAAUGCUGCUGUGUUUGAGUUUAUGUAUUUAAAAUUUAAAAAGCAUAGCGGACAGACAGUUGUUAUAGUUUGUCUGUUAUCUCCUCUGUAUUUUUGAUACAAGUGUCGUGAUGGCUUUUUCUGCAUCUCAAUGGCUUUUUAAAUUGCUAGCAAACUGCAUACCUGAGAAAACAGGGUGGACAUUGCACAGCAUUUCUUCCAAUGAACCCGAAUGCUCCUCUUGUAUUCUCAUUGCAAGAAUGUUAAAGGGCAAUCAGACAGACAGCGGUGUCUACGUGUGUAAAAGGAUGAAGCAAUGGAAGAUAUUUUGUGAGGUCUUAUUGAGGAAUUCAAUAGCUAUUCUACCAUAUCGUGGUCUAUUUUCAGAGUUUUAAACACGUUUUUAAAUUAAAGAAUAUUGAUAUAGAAUAUUAUAUUGGAUUUUAAUACCAUUUGAAGCCCUUAUGUACUGGGAAACUGGAUAAUGACUCCAGUUAGAAGCUCUGGACAUGCGGAAUCCAGUGUGAAUGUAUUAUCAGUGGAGUUUUACACCCAUUCAGAUAUACAGUUUCCUGUUUAACCUGAAAAAUGAAUAAAGCCUUGAAUACUUCUGUUUAGGGGGGGUCCUCCUGGGUUGCAAGAUGACUUCCCAAGUUGAAAGAUUUCUUCGAAUUCUCAUGACACUAUUGUGGCAUUCCUACAGCGUAGCUACUGUUUCUGUAUUGUGCAUGCCUGCCUUGUCCCUUUUCUGCUCAUGCACUUGGAAACAACCAACCACUUUUGUUUAAAUGUGAACUCUUCAACACUAUUAUGAGCCUUGAGAAAUAAAAAGAAAAAAACAAAUGGGAAUAUUUUUGCAGAUUUAUUUACUUGUUAUUUAUUAUUACGUAUUGGUGAAUGGAAUACAUUUGUUGGUUAAGGUUUGUACAAUAUUUUUUUUUUGGUCAACCCUAUUUUGUUUUCUUGAGCACUAGACCUAGACUUUUAGCAGUGGUUUUGUACCUAAAUUAAUAUUUACUGUUUAGACUGUUGUUGAACUUGUGAUAUUAAACAACAAAAAAACACCAAGUGUCUUAAAAUAUAUUGUAUUGCCAUUGUUUUUAAUGCCAAGUACUAACUGUAACUGUUUUGUGUUUCAAAUGUGGCCUCAAAGGAAACUGAACUAUUAAUAAUAUUAUACUUAUUAUUAUUAUUAUUAUUAUUAUUAUUAUUAUUAUUAUUAUUAUUAUUUUAAGUGAUGUUGACCACUGCUGUGAAGGUAGUUAAUUUUGUUCAUUGAUAUGAAAUAAAUAUUUAUGAAAUUUGA